UUUUUUCUGGGUAUUUUUUCUGAGCAGACGUUGGCAGGCGGCGCCAUAUUGAAAGCAGAGAAUUGUCGGCGAAAACGACUGAAAGCUUAAAUUAAACACGAUGUUGUACCUGGAGGACUACCUGGAGAUGAUCGAGCAGCUACCCAUGGAUCUCCGCGACAGGUUUACGGAAAUGAGGGAGAUGGACCUGCAGGUUCAGAAUGCCACGGAUCAGCUGGAGCAGAAGGUCAUCGAGUUCUUCGUCAACGCCAAGAAGAACAAACCAGAGUGGAGAGAGGAGCAGAUGGAGGUCAUUAAAAAGGAUUACUACAAAGCUCUGGAAGAUGCAGAUGAGAAAGUCCAGCUGGCCAAUCAGAUCUAUGACCUGGUGGACCGACACCUGCGUAAACUGGACCAGGAACUGGCCAAGUUCAAGAUGGAGCUGGAGGCUGACAACGCUGGCAUCACUGAGAUCCUUGAGAGACGAUCGUUGGAGAUGGACAGCCCGUCUCAGCCUGUCAACAACCACCACGUUCACUCACACGCCGCCACAGAGAAGAGAAAAUAUAGCGCUCCGAGCCACCACACCACAGAACACGUCCCAGAGAAGAAGUUCAAGUCUGAAGCUCUGCUGUCCACGCUCACAUCAGACGCCUCCAAAGAGAACACGCCAGGCUGCCGUACCAACAGCACGUCCUCGUCCACCAACAAUGCGUACAGCGUCAACUCCUCCCAGCCUAUGGCCUACAACCUGAGCUCGCUGUCCUCAGGGCCCGGAGCUGGAGCUGGAGCCGGCGCCAUCACCAUGGCUGCUGCCCAGGCGGUGCAGGCCACAGCUCAGAUGAAGGAGGGCCGGCGGACGUCCAGCCUCAAAGCGAGCUAUGAGGCCAUAAAAAACAACGACUUCCAGCUGGGCAGGGACUUCGCUCUGUCCCGGGACAGCACUGCCGGAUACUCCUCCUCCGCCCUCGCCUCCACCCUCACCCAGACCCUCACCCCCAGCACCACCUCCGACUCUCGAGGACGCAAGUCCAAGAGCAGCAUUAAGUCUUCCAACCAUCAGUCGUCUUCGUCGUCGUCCUCCUCCUCACUGUCGUCCUGUUCUUCGUCAUCGGCGCUCGCUCAGGAGCUCUCCCAGCAGGCAUCGGUGCUGCCCGAAGCCGAGGCCAACAGUCAGGUGGACUGGACCUACGACCCCAACGAGCCCCGAUACUGCAUCUGUAACCAGGUUUCUUAUGGAGAGAUGGUCGGCUGUGACAACACAGACUGUCCGAUCGAGUGGUUCCACUACGGCUGUGUUGGCCUGACGGAGGCGCCGAAGGGGAAGUGGUACUGCCCUCAGUGCACAGCGGCCAUGAAGAGGAGGGGCAGCCGCCACAAAUAGACACACCUCCUUGUAACCUUCAUUAGAGGCGGCUGAGGUCAGAGGUCACCAACAGCAAACUGCUGAUCAUCAGACACUGAGGAUUUAAAGCCGUGUGGAGGAAGUGAUGUCAGCUCUGAGAGAAAUAAAACCUGGGUUCAGUCUAAGCCUAAAAACAACCACAGUCUCUGCCAAAACUAGUCUUUGUUAUUCAGACUCAGUGAAGUUAAUCCUGACAUUUUAAACUGGUCAGAAUAAUUAAUGAGUCUUUCUGUCAGAGCACAGAUACUAACCCAGGUUUUAUAUUUGGUUAAUCUGGGAUUAUACUUGGAAUAGCCAAGUUUGUAAACCAGGUCUUUUUGUCUCCUUCCAUUAUAUGCAGAUUUUUCCCAGAGCUGAAAUUAUUUCCCAUGAGGCCAUGCUCCCCUCUCACUCAUUUAAAACUACAAACAGGAUGGGUUGUUGGACUACAACUAUGGAUGCCUGUUGGAGCCAAAUUAGAUGAGUCUCAUUUGACCUCCAUAGAAAGCCAGAAUGUAUUUUGUGUGUGUGUGUGUUGGUUUGUGUUGUGUUGUUUUGAGUGUGUGUGUGUGUGUGUGUGUGUUGGUUUGUGCCGUGUUGGUUUGCGUGUGUGUGACAAAUGUUAAAAUGAAGAGUCCAAUAAAGCGAUGUUUUGGUAAA